AUGCCGGACGAUUCCUUUGUGAUUGAUCAUAAGUUAUUGUACAAUGAUUUGGUUGGACUGAUUUGUGAAAGAGUGGGGUGGAAUAUAAAAAAUGUGAAUUUGAGUCUAUCGAUUUUGUAUGAUACGAUGCGCAAUGGUUUUAGGCGUAUCGCCAAAAUCAAGGACGACGCAUCGUUGCAAGUGUUGUAUUUCCUCCCAAGUUCGACAUAUAUUGAUUUGUAUGUAGAUUUGGAGGUGGCGGGUACUUCUAGGUCCCAUUUGGAAGUAGGGACAAGUAGUGGUAGGCCGAAUGUGGAGAAUGUCGAUUAUAUGGAAGAUGAUGAUGUGGGUGGACCGUUAUGGAGGAUGGCGAUCACAUGGAAUAUAAUCACGGUGAAGAUGAUGAGGCAUAAGGUUGAGUUGGACCCAGAUUAUGAAGUGAAGCUCGUUCAGGAAGAAGUGAAAGACUGUAUGCAUGUUGAUAUUCCUUACCACAGGGCAUGGGAGGGAAGGAGAAAAGCUAUCGAUCUUGUUUACGGCGACUGGAUUUCCAAUUUUGACAUACUUCCAAGUAACUUGGUGGCGCAGUUUCGAAGUAAAAAGAUCAAAAGGUUGUGUUGGGAGAUGGGCACGAAACUUUCUAAGUCUAAAUUCAAAGAACUAAGGAAUGAGCUACGUGAUUUUAGCAAUGAUGCUUAUUUGUAUCUCGAGGAGAUUGAUGCUUGUCAGACAACGAACAUUUCUGAGAGCUACAACAACGUCCUCAAGGGCGUUCGUUUCUUGCCGAUCCGAGCUUUGGUGGAAGCCACUUUUAUUAAGACUGUGGAUUUGUUCCAGGAAGAAUACGUGAAGUCGAGGAAAUGUAUUACUCCGGUCCCAACUGACUUGUGGGAAGACUUCAAGAAAAAAGAAAAGAAAGCCGCGCAACACAAAGUCAACCGUUAUGGUGCUAUUAAUGGCAAAUUCAAGGUGAAAAGUAGAGCCCGACUUGGUGGUAAAGGGGACAACACGUACACUGUGAAAUAUGAAGAGAAGAAGUUUUCUUGCAAGAAGUGGCAAGAGUAUAGGUUCCCUUGUACACAUGCACUAGCUGUGUGUUGGAAGAUGAAAGAUCAACCAAUCAAUACGGUGAAUCCAUAUUUCAGGGUUGUUGCUUGGCAAGACCAAUUCAGUGGGCGCGAUGACUUUUCCCCGGUCCCUGAUAUGAGAAGAUGGCCUAAGUUAUGGGUUUGGGAGCGUAUCCCAAGACUUCAACCAAAGAGGAAGGUUAAAGAUGAGAGUUACUUGGUGCCGGAUGCACCAUUAGGCAAUAGGUGGAAAUGCCCAAAAUCCAAAGCGAACAUCGCCACUCAUUGUGUUGCUGGCAUCAGGGAUCAGUUAUCUAGCCUAAGGGAUGGGGAUUUUCUAUGGACUCCAUACACUCCCUUCAUCGACGAUCUCCCUGAUUUCUGUAAAGAGGGGGUUAAUUUCUACCUCUGUAGGACGUGGAUCUUUUGUUGGGCCAUCAGAGAACCAUACGAUCCCAAUUGGGUCCUUCAUCAAUUUCAAUGCGUCCAAACUGUGCCGGAGUACCCGUUAAUCAAUGACAUUGAUUGCUGGAAUGCGAUACACCACGGAUGCCUUGGGACUGGAAAGGCAUAUGAUGAUUGGGUGCAAAAACACACUGAGGUACGACCUCAUUGGAAUGUGAGAGAUCAGCACGUGGUCCCUCAUGAAUUGGGUGAUCCAGAACUAGGUCCUCAAUGCACAUCGGACUACAUGCCGUGGUUUCAAAAGAAGACUAUCAGAUUUAUGACUGAUCCCACUCAAUGCGGCCCUCUGGCACAGGGUUAUCACUCGUCUUCAUCUCUGGAGAGAUUUUAUUCUUCAAAUCUCAGCGACAUAUAUCAUCUCGCUGAUGCAGCCUUACGGGAAAAUCCAAGCCUCGGUGGUAGUCUAGAGGAUAAACUCUUCCAAAUCUUCGACAAGAGUUUCAGUGCCCUGAAUUUGGGCCCACGUGAUAUGAGCACUCAGUCCGAUACUCAAGUUCUUCAGAAAAGACCCCCUGAGUCAAGUCAAAAUGUGGUAGUCACGCAGAAAACAAUAUCGAAGCCUACUGGAGGAGGAAGGAGGAAGCGACCGGGAAUUUCAGAUCGAACAAUCAUAGUUCAUCCCAAUCCAACUUCGAUGCAAGAAGAUGAUGAAAAUGAUGAAGGCAAUGAAAGCGAUGAGGAUUACUACAUUAGGGGCGAAGAAGAAGAAGAAGAAGAAGAAGAAGAAGAAGAAGAGUCCUCUCCACCUCGUGUUUCUUCCCAAAAGAAAUAG